AUGGCGGCUGGCGAAGGAAAAAAUCCAUUUUCUCACCUGUUGCAAAGCCUCAAAGUUGGCGAUUCAGAUUAUCAGUAUUAUAAUCUAGCAGGACUGGAAGAUCCACGAUAUGAAAAACUACCGUUUGCAAUCCGUGUCUUGCUGGAGUCAGCGGUGAGGAACUGUGACAAUUUCCAGGUGCUGCCCAAAGACAUAGAGAAUAUCCUCAACUGGGAAGCGAAUCAGACCAAAAAUGUGGAGAUCCCGUUCAAACCUUCGCGGGUCAUUCUGCAGGACUUCACCGGGGUUCCUGCCGUCGUUGACUUUGCCGCCAUGCGGGAUGCCGUCAAAUCUCUGGGGGGUGAUCCGGAGAAGAUCAAUCCUAAAUGCCCAGCGGAUCUUGUGAUAGAUCAUUCAGUACAGGUGGAUGUCGCCAGAAGCUUGCUGCGCUAUGCCCCAAACCCCGGGGGUGGGGGAGGGGCGUCGGCUAAGCCAUGUUCCAACCCCGGCGGCUACAACGCUAAAUCCGCCUCCUGUAGUGUCUGUGUAAACUCGGGGCUCCCUGUCCUCGACGAAACUUGCCCUUUUCACGGCCUCAAAACUGACGGUGCUGAUGCACUCCAACGGAACCAAGAGCUGGAAUUUGAACGAAACAAAGAGAGAUUUGUCUUUCUCAAGUGGGGGGCGAAGGCUCUGAAGAAUAUGCUGAUAGUUCCGCCGGGCUCUGGCAUCGUCCACCAGGUCAAUCUGGAAUACUUGGCACGGGUCACUUUCAACAACAACGGCUUGCUUUACCCAGACAGUGUGGUGGGAACAGACUCCCAUACUACCAUGAUCAAUGGCCUGGGGGUGGUUGGCUGGGGUGUAGGUGGAAUAGAAGCUGAGGCAGUGAUGUUGGGCCAGUCCAUUUCUAUGGUGUUGCCUGAGGUUGUAGGGUACAGGUUGUCAGGAACUCUGGGAAAUCUGACAACGUCAACAGAUAUUGUGUUAACCAUCACCAAGCAUUUACGUUCUAUCGGAGUAGUGGGUAAAUUUGUGGAGUUCUUUGGCCCUGGAGUGGAGCAGCUGUCCAUUGCAGACCGAGCAACAAUCUCAAACAUGUGCCCGGAGUACGGAGCUACUGUCGGUUACUUCCCUGUGGACGAGAAAAGUAUACUGUACCUCAGACAGACCGGUCGUGAAGAGGACAGGCUUGCCUUUAUUGAGGCUUAUCUCAAGGCCACAAAGAUGUUCCGUCACUAUGGCAACCCUGAAGAGGAUCCUGUCUUCUCACAGAUUGUUGAGCUAGACCUAAGCACUGUGGCGCCAUGUUGUUCAGGCCCCAAACGUCCCCACGACAAAGUGGCUGUGUCGGAGAUGAAGACAGACUUUAACCACUGCCUCAACAACAAGCUGGGAUUCAAGGGGUAUGCCAUACCGUCAGACAAACAGUUCCUGUCUGUGCCUAUCGUGUUUGAGAACCAGGAGUAUGUUUUGUCACAUGGUUCGGUUGUCAUAGCUGCCAUCACCAGCUGCACUAAUACCAGCAAUCCUUCAGUCAUGCUGGGUGCAGGCCUGCUGGCCAAGAAGGCUGUGGAAAGCGGGUUAAAGGUCAAACCCUACAUCAAAACAAGCUUGUCCCCAGGCAGUGGGGUGGUCACCUAUUACCUGAGGGAGAGUGGUGUCACACCUUUCCUAGAGAAAUUGGGGUUUGACAUUGUGGGGUAUGGCUGUAUGACGUGCAUAGGGAACAGUGGUCCUUUGCCUGAACCAGUGGCAGACGCAAUAGAGAAAGAGGACCUGAUUGCAACAGGUGUAUUGUCAGGUAACCGGAACUUUGAGGGUCGCAUUCAUCCCCUGACGCGUGCCAACUACCUGGCGUCUCCACCUCUUGUGAUUGCGUACGCUCUAGCCGGGACGAUCAGGAUUGAUUUUGAGACGGAGCCUCUGGGCACCAACAACGACGGCAAACCGAUCUUCCUCAGAGACAUCUGGCCAUCUCGUGAAGAGAUACAGAAAGUGGAGCGUCAGUUCGUCAUACCUGCCAUGUUCAGAGAGGUGUACUCCAGUAUACAGAAGGGAACAAAACGUUGGAAUGAGCUGGAGGCCCCUGAUAGCAUGUUGUACCCAUGGGACAGUAAAUCUACCUACAUCACCUCACCUCCGUUCUUCACUGGCAUGACCAAGGAGCUUCCAACUAUCCAAGGAGUGAAGGACGCAUAUGUGCUGCUGAACCUGGGGGACUCUGUGACAACCGAUCACAUCUCCCCUGCUGGGAGCAUUGCCAGGAACAGUCCAGCCGCACGCUAUCUGGCCAGCAAAGGUUUAACACCGAGGGAGUUCAAUUCAUAUGGAUCUCGCAGGGGGAACGACGAUGUCAUGGCACGAGGAACAUUUGCCAAUAUCCGAUUGGUCAACAAGUUCAUGAAGAAGGCAGGGCCAAGGACAUUGCAUAUUCCAACAGGAGAAGAGAUGGACAUUUUUGAUGCUGCCCAGCGUUACCGCAGUGCCAACCAGACGGUGAUUAUAUUGGCCGGAAAGGAAUAUGGCCAGGGGUCUUCUCGAGACUGGGCCGCCAAGGGACCAUGGAUACUUGGGGUGAGAGCUGUCAUAGCUGAAAACUACGAGAGAAUUCACCGUAGCAACUUGGUUGGCAUGGGGAUCAUUCCACUUCAGUAUGUGGAGGGGGAGACGGCAGAGUCCAUUGGCUUGACAGGGAAGGAGACUUACACAGUUGAGCUUCCAGACAACCUGACAACAGGACAGAUUGUGGAUGUCAAGGUGAGCACCGGGAAGACCUUCAAAGCCAAGGCUCGAUUUGACACGGACGUGGAACUCACUUACUUCCGCAACGGCGGCAUCUUGAACUACAUGAUCCGCGGGAUGCUGUGAGAUUAGGGGUCAGGUCGCUAUGGCAACACAGCUGACAACGUCAUUCAAAACUACGUGUUGUUGUUGAACGUUGCGAGGAUUUAUUUCCCCAAGGAUGUAUGUGUUGUGGUGAAAUGAUAAAUAUUUGUCGUGGGAGUGGUCCUCAAAGCAGAAAAGUUCCAGUGAUGGGCGAUAAUUGUAUACUACAUGUACCAGACUUGGUUACAAAAUGAGAAUCAAAAUCUAUGACAAUUACUCUGAAUCAUAGAGCGUGAAUAAGGAAUUAUUAGAAGUGGAUUACGUGUAUAUCAUUUUGUAUGGUGCGAGUUAAAUAAUCAGGAGAUUGAUGUGAUGACCUCACGGUGACUUCAAGUGAUUGAAACGAGAGGGAAACGUUAUUGGGGCAUAAUGAGGAUUUUAAGGUCGCAUUUUAAUUUAAUUUUCUUAUUUCCCGUUUUUUUUUUAGGUCCCAUAUUUUCCAAAUUUUCACGUAUGAUUUUAAUGUAGUGAUUAUGAAGAAAUUCCUGAGCUGUCUUAUGUAAUAAGGAAAGAACGUCGUACUUCCAGUAUCAUCAAAGGACCAAAAAAAACCAAACUGAAAUCCGUGCCCAUUUUGUGAGACGAAAAUGGCGUGGUGCACCCAUUUAGCCUUAAAUCUUGGAGUUAUGCAUCUUUUUGCAACUUAAUACGUCGGUUACUGCUACCUGAUCUCAGUAUUGCAAUUUACGACUUUUCUUGUAGUGUCCUUUCACGGACAACAGUGUCUAGUAUACCGCCACGUGAAUCCAAAAUUCGGCAAAUGGAAGGAAGAGUAUUAUGUUGG